UUCUGUCAUCAGUCACUGGUCUUAAAAGUGAAGGAUGUCAUUUUCUCUGGGCAUGUUUAAGCACAUGCACAUUUGAGACUUUUGACUGAAUCUCUUGGAUCCUAGAGUAUAGCCGUGAUGGAACUGCUGCACAGGUCACAUUAAUACCAGCCGGUUGGGCUCAUUUGCCAAUCCGGACCCGGUAAUAAUUGUUCAGACAAGAGGUGGAAAAAGGUCAGCGUUGUUUCCUGCUGCCGGAUCUGUCCUUACGAGGAGCUCAGAUCCGCCCGCAGCUACGUUCCCACACGCUUGUUUGUGCCCACAUGCUUUUGUGCUGCGGUGGGAGGCAUUUAACCAAGAUCACAGAGUUACAAGUCUGUGUCUCUUCUCACAGAGGUGCUGUGAAAAGAGGCGACUGUUUCAUAUGUCUGUGCGAGUCUGACUAUGCUGCUCUCGGUAGCGCUGGGCAUAGUUUUCUCCCUCGGCGCGGUCACCUCUGAGAAGGCUGCCGUCGACAGGCGCAACCACAGCUGGAUCUCCCUGCCGCCAGAGCACUCCCCCUACUUCCUCUCCAACAACAAGAGGGUCGCCAAGCUAUGCCGCCUGGACCCACUCUGCCCUUUUAAAGAUGCACUGCAGGAUCUCUCUUUCUGCUGGGGUUAUGAGAAGAACUGCGAUCCCGGGAAACGCUUCAGCUAUCCUGUCUGUACCAAGGCUAACUCUGGAUGGGCCAGUUCACUGGAGGCCGCCCAGGAGCUUUUCUGGAAGCAGGCGGAUUUUGGCUAUGUCAAAGAACGCCUCUCUGAGCUCAGAACACUCUGCAGGCCAAGCAAGCCAGGGGAUUCUUUAUUAAGAUGCAGUCGUCACACUAGAUUCUGUAGGGCAACAAAUCUUUACCUGGACUUGCGGAAGCCACGCAGAAGUCAUGAGAGGUACCAAGAGGACUUCCUACAGGCGGGUGAGAUCGGUGGCCACUGCAGACUGGAUAAGCAAGCGCUUGUUGCUGAGGGUGAUCACAAGAGUCCUUUACAGUCAUGGUAUGCUGAGCUGCAGACAUACACAGAGCUAAACCACCCUCCCAUAGAAGAUGGACAGUGUGACGUCAUCGUUGAAAAACCCACUGUUUUCAUGAAACUUGAUGCAGGUGUAAACAUGUACCACCACUUCUGUGACUUUGUCAACCUCUACAUCUCCCAGCACAUUAACAACUCCUUCAGCUCGGAUAUCUACAUCGUCAUGUGGGAUACGAGUCAUUAUGGAUAUGGAGACCUGUUCAGUGAAACCUGGAGGGCCUUCUCAGAUUAUGACAUCAUCCACCUCAAGAGCUACGACUCAAAAAGAGUUUGCUUCAAAGAUGCUUUCUUUUCCCUUCUACCCAGAAUGAGAUACGGCCUUUUUUAUAACACUCCUCUUAUCUCAGACUGCUACACCGAAGGGAUGUUCAGGGCCUUUUCUCAGCACGUCCUGCACCGGCUGGACAUUCCACAAGACCGGCCAAAGGAGGGGCGUGUUCGUGUCACCCUGCUGGCACGCAGCACAGAAUACAGAAGGAUACUUAACCAAAUCGAGCUGGUAAAUGCCCUCAAGACGGUGCCACUACUGGAGGUCAAUGUGGUGGACUACAAAUACAAGGACGUUCCCUUCCUGGAGCAACUGAGGAUCACCCACAACUCUGACAUCUUUAUCGGGAUGCACGGGGCUGGUCUCACACACCUCCUCUUCCUCCCCGACUGGGCUGUCAUCUUUGAGCUAUAUAACUGUCAGGACGAGAGCUGCUAUCGAGAUUUGGCUCGUCUGCGGGGCAUUCGAUAUGUGACUUGGCAGAAAACGGGCAAAGUGCUCCCACAGGACAAGGGUCAUCAUCCCACCAUCGGAGACCAUCCCAAGUUUACCAACUACGCCUUUGAUGUGAGGGAGUUCAUGCGUAUCGUACUGGAGGCAGCUGAUUAUGUCACACACCAUCCCAAAAGGACGCGCGGAGUCCGUCACGAUGAGCUGUAGAGUGUCAGCGAACGUAAGGGGGAGCACAGACAUCUGGAACUCAUGAUUUAAAAAAAAAAAAAAAAGACCUCUGUUUGUCAGCACUACCCGCCAGCCAAUCCCAGUCAUGCAGUCAUGCAGAGAGUUGUUGCCUCCUGUCUGCUACUUUGAUAGGUCUGGAUGAGUAAAAGCAGUAUGAUGACAGUUCAAGUUUGCACAGCUUUCACUAGCUCUAUUAGUGUCGGAUCAGUCAGAGCGUGUGUGCAGCCAGAGCAGCUGCAGAGCUCCUUCAUUACCUCCACCCCGGCUACUUCAUUCCACGUCGUCAACGUUAGCAAAUGAGCAGCUGUUUGGGUGCCCCCUUCAGAUGUGACACAUUGUCCAAUUUCAUCAGCGUCACAGUGAUGGGGAUCUCUUGAGAGCUGUUGACAAUCACACUAGAGUUUGUGGGCGCGUCCAGUAUAAAGCUGUCACAUGUCAAAUGCACUUUGGUCACGCUGGAUUCACACGCAGAGCAUCACACUGUUUAUGCAGUUAGUCCAUCACAGUGUAAGAUGUUCUCACAAUUAGACUGACCACAAGUCAGAUGACAUCACCACAUUGUGAUAAUAACAGUACUGACAGGGGAUUAAUGUCUGACAUUACCCAUUGUAGUUUUUACACACUUCACACUUCAGUCAUUUAAAGUUACUUUUGCCACUUUGCAUUGAAAGCAAAAGUGCAAACGCAGCGCUGAUGAUUCCCGUUGCCUUCCCUCUGCCGUGUCAUCGUAAGUGUUAACAGCAUCAACAUUUCUCUUUUUAUUCUCAUUUCCUGCUAUAUUUCAGCCCACUUACUUGAAGUAUUGAAAUGACAGUUUUAAUUUCAAAACGCAUCUCCCAUACUUUAACUCUAAAAAGGGGAAGAUUGGUAAAAGUGCGGCGCUUUUAAUGUCUCUUUGUUGAAAAGUGAAAGCAGACCCCUACACUCCAAACUGUGUGUGUGUUUUAUUUGUUACACCUCUGAGAUAUUCAGCUGACUUUUUAAACUCUUCUGUUAGACAUUUGUUUACAUUUCCCCCUUUGUUAUUUGUCACAUUUGCUAUUUAUACUUGCAGUGUUACUUGUUUUGGAUGGAAAUUCUUUGCAUUUUCCAAAAAUGAAAAAUCAGUGUUGCGGUGCUGCUGCUGUCUGUGAUCUCUCCCGAACUCUUUUGUACGCCGUUAGUUAUGUGACUGAAAGGGAAUGAGCCCCAUUUACAUAGCGUGAUACAAUGCACAGGAAGACUAUUUGCGAUGACAUUCUUGUGUGUUUUUAUUCAUUUGGUUUUCUCCCUGUGAGCUUGAUGUUUUAUUUAUCAAUGAAAGUGUUGAUCUUUUUUGGUUGUUUCCACACUUGUAGGCAAUCUUCAUAUUUAAGAGCAAUACGUGAUUUUGAAAUAAAGAGUCAUAAAAA